AUGGCCGUACGAAACUCCGUAAGAUUGAGGAAUUGGCCUGUUCAACGCUCUCCAACCCAAUCUCUCGUUGCACCGCGAGCAAUUGCGGAUUUACCCAAGAUGAUGUGGCGGCACGGUGCAGCUUCAGCUCGGGCUGUUGCCCAACGAUCGCCUCUCCGCCGAUAUCGCACUUUUGCGACGGAGGCCACCUCUCCCGCCAGACCGCAAAAUACCAACCGCUCCCCUCCUUAUCCUAAGAUUCUGAGUCGAUUGAGUGAAGUGCGACGGGUAUUAGGCUCAGACAGACCCCUCACUCUCGCAGAGAAGGUCGUAUACUCCCAUCUUGACAAUGCGGAGGAGUCACUCCUCACGGGAACCGAGAAUGGGAAGAACAUCCGUGGCCAGGCCAAUUUGAAAAUCAAGCCAGAUCGUGUGGCAAUGCAGGAUGCUUCUGCGCAAAUGGCGUUGCUUCAGUUCAUGUCCUGCGGACUUCCCUCGACUGCGGUGCCGGCUAGCAUUCACUGUGACCAUAUGAUCGUGGGCCAGAAGGGCGCGGAUGUUGACCUGCCGGCCUCGAUCGAGGGAAACAAAGAGGUCUUUGAUUUCUUGGAAUCUGCGGCAAAGAGAUAUGGCAUCGAAUUCUGGCCUCCAGGCGCUGGUAUCAUUCAUCAAACUGUACUGGAGAAUUAUGCUGCUCCAGGCCUGUUGAUGCUGGGGACUGAUAGCCAUACACCUAAUGGAGGUGGUCUAGGCGCAAUUGCGAUUGGAGUUGGCGGGGCUGAUGCCGUUGACGCCCUGGUGGAUUCUCCCUGGGAACUUAAGGCACCAAAGAUCCUCGGUGUAAAGCUGGAGGGUGCGUUGAGUGGCUGGGCGUCUCCUAAGGAUAUUAUCCUCUCUCUUGCUGGAAAAUUUACGGUAAGAGGUGGGACCGGAUACAUAAUCGAGUACUAUGGACCAGGUGUCGAGACGCUCAGCUGUACUGGGAUGGCUACUAUUUGCAACAUGGGUGCCGAAGUUGGCGCUACCACCUCGAUCUUCCCAUUCUCUCCUAGCAUGGUACCUUAUCUCCAGGCUACUAACCGAGGACAUAUCGCCGAAGCUGCAUCUAAGAUCGCAUCAACCGGCCCUAACAAUUUACUCCGAGCGGACCCUGAUGCUCAAUACGAUCAGCACAUUACCAUUGAUCUUUCUUCGCUUGAGCCUCAUAUCAACGGUCCCUUUACUCCAGACCUAUCGGUGCCUCUUUCAUCUUUUGCAGAGACCGUGCGCAAAAAUGAUUGGCCUGAAACCUUCGGAGCUGGAUUGAUUGGAAGCUGCACCAACAGUUCGUAUGAGGACAUGACCCGCGCUGAAGAUCUUGUAAAACAAGCUUCCGAAGCGGGUCUUCGCCCAAGAGCCGAUUUCUUCAUCACUCCUGGUAGUGAGCAAAUUCGGGCAACUUUGGAUCGCGAUCAGACUUUGAAUACGUUCUCUUCGGCUGGUGGAACAGUGCUGGCGAACGCCUGCGGCCCGUGUAUAGGCCAGUGGAAACGGACAGAUGGCGUCAAGAAAGGCGAAACCAACGCUAUCUUCACAUCAUAUAACCGAAACUUCCGCGGCCGUAACGACGGAAAUCCUGGCACUAUGAAUUUCCUUGCGUCGCCAGAGAUUGUAACCGCUUUAAGCUAUGCAGGUAACACCACUUUUAAUCCCAUGGUCGACAGCAUUGAUACUCCAAAUGGGCCGUUCAGAUUCCGUGCUCCCCAAGGCUCAGAUCUUCCGAAGGCUGGUUUUGUCCCUGGAAACCCCGACUUCCAGCCCUCGGUCGCCGUUCCAGAUCCAACCUGUGACGUGGUAGUUUCUCCAACCUCCGACCGUCUGGCUAUUUUAGAGCCUUUUGCCCCUUUCCCAAAGAAAGAUCUCCGAUCGUUGCGUGUUCUCUACAAGGUCAAGGGACAAUGUACCACUGACACAAUCUCCGCCGCUGGCCCUUGGCUUAAAUACAAAGGCCAUCUUCCUAACAUUUCUGCCAACACUCUCAUCGGUGCCGUCAACGCUACUACCGGUGAAACCAACGUUGCUUACGAUGUGGACGGCAAAACCUAUUCUAUUCCAGAUCUUGCAGGAAAAUGGAAAGACCAAGGAAUUGAAUGGCUAGUUAUUGCGGAAGACAACUACGGCGAAGGUAGUGCUCGAGAGCAUGCCGCCUUGCAACCACGAUACUUAGGAGGCCGUAUCAUCGUGGCUAAAAGCUUCGCACGAAUCCAUGAAACGAACUUGAAAAAACAGGGCGUCGUUCCCCUGACAUUCGCAGACAAAACUGAUUAUGAUAAGAUUGAUGCAUGUGAUUCUGUUGACUCCGUGGGCCUAUUCGACUUGUUACAGAAUGGUGGACAAGGAGAAGUCAAGUUGAGAGUCACGAAGAAGAAUGGAGAGACUCUGAAUAUUCCCGUUAAGCAUACGCUUAGCAAGGACCAGUGUGGUUUCAUCCUUGCUGGAGUGCAUUGA